CUGCCUGGGCCUUCAUGUAAGGUUGAGUGAGGGCUCUUGGGUUAGUUCCUGUUAGGCCCGGGCCGGGGGAGUAGGUGGAAGUCUCUUAAGAUGCCCGGUGGGCUAGGGCACUGGGAGGUGUGAAGAGAGCGCAAGGAGGCGGCGAGGGAAGACCCACAGCAGGCCUGAAGAAGAGCGGCGACCGAGCCCGCCUUCCCUACACCAUGCUCAUAGAGGAUGUGGAUGCCCUCAAGUCCUGGCUGGCCAAGUUACUGGAGCCGAUAUGUGACGCAGACCCUUCAGCCUUAGCCAACUAUGUUGUAGCACUGGUCAAGAAGGACAAACCUGAAAAAGAAUUGAAAGCCUUUUGUGCUGAUCAACUUGAUGUCUUUUUACAAAAAGAAACUUCCGGUUUUGUGGAUAAACUAUUUGAAAGUCUCUAUACUAAGAAUUACCUUCCACCUUUGGAACCAGUUAAGCCUGAGCCAAAACCACUAAUCCAAGAAAAAGAAGAAAUUAAAGAAGAGGUAUUUCAGGAGCCAGCAGAAGAAGAAAGAGAUGGCAGAAAAAAGAAAUACCCUAGUCCCCAGAAGUCUCGUUCAGAAUCUAGUGAACAAAGGACACGUGAGAAGAAGAGAGAAGACGGCAAGUGGAGAGACUAUGAGCGCUACUAUGAGCGGAGUGAGCUGUACCGAGAGAAGUAUGACUGGAGAAGAGGCAGGAGCAAGAGCCGCAGUAAGAGCCGAGGCCUGAGCCGAAGCCGAAGCCGCAGCAGGGGGCGCAGCAAAGACCGGGAUCCCAACAGGAACAUUGCAGAGCACAGGGAAAGAUCCAAGUUUAAGAGUGAAAGGAAUGAUUUGGAGAGCUCCUAUGUGCCUGUGUCCGCGCCCCCACCGAACUCUUCUGAGCAGUACUCCUCUGGGGCACAGUCUGUUCCCAGCACUGUGACUGUCAUUGCACCUGCUCACCAUUCUGAAAACACCACCGAGAGUUGGUCUAAUUACUAUAACAAUCACAGCUCUUCCAAUUCUUUUGGUCGAAACCCACCACCAAAGAGGCGAUGCAGAGAUUAUGAUGAAAGAGGAUUUUGUGUACUUGGUGACCUUUGUCAGUUUGAUCAUGGAAAUGAUCCUCUAGUUGUUGAUGAAGUUGCUCUGCCAAGUAUGAUUCCUUUUCCACCCCCUCCUCCUGGUCUUCCUCCUCCACCACCUCCUGGAAUGUUAAUGCCUCCAAUGCCAGGCCCAGGCCCAGGCCCAGGCCCAGGCCCAGGCCCAGGUCCCGGCCCCGGCCCUGGCCCAGGCCCAGGUCCUGGCCAUAGUAUGAGACUUCCUGUUCCCCAAGGACAUGGUCAGCCUCCGCCUUCUGUUGUGCUUCCCAUACCAAGACCACCCAUAUCACAGUCAAGCUUGAUAAACAGUCGUGACCAGCCUGGGACAAGCGCAGUGCCCAAUCUUGCACCAGUGGGAGCAAGACUACCUCCUCCUUUACCCCAGAACCUCCUUUAUACAGUAUCAGAACGACAGCCCAUGUACUCUCGUGAACAUGGUGCUGCUGCAUCUGAGCGACUUCAGUUGGGGACACCGCCUCCUCUGUUGGCAGCUCGUUUGGUGCCACCUCGAAACCUCAUGGGAUCCUCCAUUGGGUACCAUACCUCAGUCUCCAGUCCCACCCCUCUGAUCCCAGAUACAUAUGAACCAGAUGGUUACAAUCCAGAAGCACCAAGUAUUACCAGUUCUGGUAGAUCACAGUACAGACAGUUCUUUUCAAGAACACAGACUCAGCGCCCCAACCUGAUUGGACUAACAUCUGGAGAUAUGGAUGCAAAUCCAAGAGCUGCUAAUAUUGUCAUCCAGACUGAACCACCAGUUCCUGUUUCAAUUAAUAGCAACAUAACCAGAGUUGUUCUUGAGCCAGAUAGCCGAAAAAGAGCUGUGAGUGGUUUGGAAGGGCCACUCACAAAGAAACCGUGGCUGGGAAAGCAAGGAAAUAAUAAUCAGAGUAAAGCAGGAUUCUUGCGAAAGAAUCAGUAUACAAACACCAAAUUAGAAGUCAAGAAAAUCCCUCAGGAAUUGAACAAUAUUACCAAGCUCAAUGAACACUUCAGCAAAUUUGGAACUAUUGUUAAUAUCCAGGUUGCUUUUAAGGGUGAUCCAGAAGCAGCGCUCAUUCAGUACCUCACCAAUGAGGAAGCCAGGAAAGCCAUUUCUAGUACAGAAGCCGUUCUGAACAACCGAUUCAUUCGAGUCCUGUGGCAUAGAGAAAACAACGAGCAAUCAGCACUGCAGUCCCCGACACAGCUGCUCCAGCAGACAAUGAGUCACCUCCCACAGCAGCAUCAUCAUUUGCCACAGCAUCUUCAUUCUCAGCCAGCGCUGGUGGGCCAGGCUCCACCCUCCUCUGUGCAUGGUGGUAUCCAGAAGAUGAUGAGCAAACCACAGACAUCAGGUGCAUAUGUUCUUAACAAAGUUCCUGUCAAACAUCGUCUUGGACAUGCAAGUGCUAACCAGAGUGAUACGUCACAUUUGUUAAAUCAGGCUGGUGGUGCUGGGGAGGAUUGCCAGAUGUUUUCACCUCCAGGACAUUCAAAAACAAUUUACAGCUCCUCAAAUUUAAAGACAUCUUCAAAACUUUGUUCAGGAUCUAAGUCUCAUGAUGUUCAAGAGGUUCUUAAAAAAAAACAGGAAGCAAUGAAGCUACAACAGGAUAUGAGGAAAAAGAGGCAAGAAGUAUUAGAAAAACAGAUAGAAUGCCAAAAGAUGCUGAUAUCAAAGCUAGAGAAAAACAAAAACAUGAAACCAGAGGAAAGAGCAAAUAUAAUGAAGACUUUGAAAGAGCAUGGAGAAAAGAUCUCACAAUUAAAAGAUGAAUUAAAAACAUCAUCUACAGUCUCCGCACCAUCCAAAGUGAAGACAAAAACAGAGGCACAGAAGGAGUUAUUAGAUACUGAACUGGACCUGCAUAAGAGGCUGUCAUCAGGAGAAGACACGACAGAGUUACGGAAAAAACUCAGUCAGUUACAGGUUGAGGCUGCACGACUAGGUAUUUUACCUGUGGGUCGAGGCAAGACCAUGUCCUCUCAAGGGCGAGGCCGAGGCCGAGGCCGCGGAGGACGAGGAAGAGGCUCACUGAAUCACAUGGUGGUGGACCACCGCCCUAAAGCACUGACAGUUCGGGAAUUCAUGGAGGAGGAAAAAGAGGAGUUACUUCAGCAUUUCUCGGCUGCAAACCAGGGGUCAAAAUUCAAAGACCGUCGGCUACAAAUAUCAUGGCACAAGCCCAAGGUACCGUCUAUAUCCACUGAGACUGAGGAAGAAGAAGUCAAGGAGGAGGAAACUGAAACCUCAGAUUUGUUCUUGCAUGAUGAUGAUGAUGAAGAUGAAGAUGAAUAUGAGUCUCGUUCAUGGCGGAGAUGAAAUCUGACUUGAGCUGUAUAAUUUUUAGGAAUACUAUUUAGAAGAACAACUUUUAAAAAUUAUUUAAAGAAGUCAAUGAGCCAAAAAUUU